CCUUCCCCGGGGCUCGCGUGGCCUGCGGCAGCAUGAAAAAGAACCAGACGGUGCAGGGCACCUUCAGCAAGCUCUUCGGGAAGAAGCACGCCAACCCCGCCGCCACCUCCCUCUACGCCACCAACCCCCCGUGGAUUUUCACCCAAGAAGCCCCGGAGGAGGGGACCAGGGAUUUUGAUGGGAUCUAUUAUGGAGACAAUCGGUUCAACACCGUGAGCGAGUCGGGAACAGCCACACUGAAAGCUCGGCCAAGAGUCCGGCCCCUGCUGACCUUCCUCCCACUGAAUGCCCAGGAGAGCCAUGGGCUGGCUGUGCCCACCCCUUCUGUCCCAGAAGACUUUGCAGACAAAGAGGUGACAGGUACCAGCUCACUGGUCAAUGGCAACCUCCGACUGUACAGCUCUGUGGGUGACCUGAGGCCUGAGCACUAUGGCCUUAAUCUACUCAUCCCCCCACCUCCCCCAGGCCCAGCCCCGGGGCCACCCCAGGACAUUUCACAACCUCCAGUGGAGGCCCCACCACUGCCUCCACCUUUCACAGCUCCCCUACCACCUCCUCUGCUGCAGGAAUCCCCACCCCCACCCCCACCCAGCACGGCCCCACCUCCACCUCCAGUACUGGACACCCUAUACCCCCCUCCCGCUCUCUCCCCGCCCUCCACUCCCACCCCUCCGGACUUCAUUCCCCCUGCCCCGCCACUGGCCUUUCUAGCCCCUCCGCCACCCUCCUUGCCAGCCCCAGCACCCCCAGCUCCAGUGUCUCCUCAUGUGAUGGGGACUCAUCACUUUCCCCCUGGGGGUGUCACCAAGUGGAAAUCAGAGGUAGCACUGAAUGGCAGGCAGUCAGAGGCCCCUAGAACCAGUCCCCCCAGGAGCCCUACUGAGCUAAAAGGGAGCCAAAUGGGACCUAACCCAGAGCCUCAUCUCACCUUCCCCCGUUCAUUCAAAGUGCCUCCCCCAACCCCAGUCAGGACCUCAUCUAUCCCAAUUCAGGAAGCACAAGGGGCUCCCCCAGAGGAAGAAGGGGCUACCAAGAAGGCUCCCAGCCGCUUUCCACUGCCUCCUAGCUUCCACAUUCGUCCCGCCUCCCAGGUCUAUGCAGACAGAGUCCCUGAGCCAGACCACCCCAAGGAGCCCAGGGCAGAGGCACCAGCGCCAGACAGCCCAAGGCUCAGCCAGCCAGCAACCAAGGAACAAGCAGGGACUCCACCCCCCGCCCCUCCCCUACCCCCUCCUGCGCCCCCCCUCCCUCCCCCUGCACCUCCCCUUCCUCCGGGGGCUUCUCCUUUGCCUUCUGCUGGGCAGGCAGCCCCUCCACCUUUCAGGUUUACCAAAAGCCCUAAAUCCAGCUCACCUGCUCUCAAACCCAAGCCCAGACCCCCCAGCCCGCAGGACACCUCCUCUUCAGAACCUGUGGACUGGCGGGAUCCCAGCCAGAUGGAAAAGCUGCGGAGUGAGCUGGCAGCCUAUCUCUGUGGCUCCAGGAGUCACAGGCCAGGCCCCAAUGUGGCCUCUCAGGACAAAGAGGGCAAGAAGGGCCUCAGUCAGCUAGAGGAGGCAGCCCCCACCAGCCUGCCAGAGAAACCCCCACCAGGCGCUCCUGAGAAGAGUCCCUGUAGCAGCAGUGUGCCCCUACCCCCAGUGGACUACAUCCCCCAAGAUGCACCAACCCCCAGUGUUCGGCAAAUCCGGAAUGAGCUGGAGGCCAGGCUGGCCUCAGCUGCAGACAAGGAGACCAAGCCCAGCAUCGGGUCUCUACCACCUAAACCUCGGCUGGAAGGGGGAAGAAUUUUUGAAAAUGGGACUGUUAAUGGCAAAUUCUCCAAGCCUGUACCCAAGAAUCCACCAGCUCUACCUACCAUGCCUCUUCCAGCCACAUCACUCCAAUCCAAAGACACACCUGUGCAGGCCACACCACCCAAGGCCACACCUGGGCCAGCCACACCACCCAAGGCCACACCUGGGCCAGCCACACCACCCAAGGCCACAUCUGGGCCAGCCACACCACCCAAGGCCACACCACCCAAGGCCACACCUGGGCCAGCCACACCACCCAAGGCCACAUCUGGGCUGACCACACCUGAGCCAGCCACACCACCCAAGGCCACACCUGGGCUGACCACACCUGAGCCAGCCACACCACCCAAGGCCACAUCUGGGUUGAUCACACCUGAACCAGUCACACCACCCAAGGCCACACCUGGGCUGACCACACCUGAGCCAGCCACACCACCCAAGGCCACAUCUGGGUUGAUCACACCUGAACCAGUCACACCACCCAAGGCCACACCUGGGCUGACCACACCUGAGCCAGCCACACCACCCAAGGCCACACCUGGGCUGACCACACCUGAGUCAGCCACACCACCCAAGGCCACACCUGAGCCGGCCAUAUCAUCUGCAGCCACAACUCUGCCCAUUAGGUCAUCCCAACUGAUGGCAGAAAAGGACCUCAUCCCUGUAGGGCAGCAGCAGAAGACAGAAUCUCAAGAGAGUAUAGUAUCCUCCCAGCCAGAAGCCAAGGAGCCCACAUCAGAGGCCUAUAGGCUGCCCAUACCAGAAGCCCCCUCUUCUCCAGCCCUCCUACCAAAGAUGUCCCCUAACCCAGAAGAAGUGCCAUUUCUCUACAAGCCCCAUCGCAACCAAAACAGCCCUAGCCGUGAGGUUGCUGUGGUGAUGCCUACGCUGGCCAGAGGAGGGGCAGCAGAGUCAGAAGAGAAGGAGCCCCAGGGCCUGACAGUCAAACCCCCUGCCCCAGCCCAGCCUGCUGACCAAUUCCUCAGACACCCAGUGACUGGGGAAGUGGUGGAACAGGGCUCCCCCAUGGCCCUGCUCUUGGCAGCCAGGCAGAGAGCACAGAAGGGGAGGUCUGGAGGGGCAGCCCUGGGGCGGUCUUCCCUGCCUGGGAGUCUCCGGGGCCACAGGAGCCAUCCUGAGGCUAGCUCCGACAGCAUCUUCUACAGCGAUGGCCGGCCCAACUCCUUCACUGUGGUUCCCAAGUUACCCAAGGACGCUGAGAAGGACUCCCAGCUGACCUCGGCUGCGACGCCCAUGGCACCCAGUCAAUGGAAGCCCCCGCAGGGAAGAGACCAAGAGCCAAUCCAUCGUCCCAUGUGGACCAAGGCAGAGCCCCGAGUCCCUGUGGCCUGGGAAAGACCAGCUCUCUCCAACCUCUCCCAUGGCCCCAUGCUGCCCAAGUCCUCCUCCUCUCCACCCUCUCCUUCCUACAGGAGGAAGGACGAGGAAGAGGAAACGGAAUUCAGCUUUGAGGUCAUCCCACCGCCGCCAGAGUUCAGCAAUGACCCCGAGCCCCCGGCCCCGGCUCCGGCUCCGGCCCCGGCCCUCCAGUACGUGGGCUGCCGGGGGUUCCCAAAACGGAACAACUUUUCAGACUUGGGGCAGCCCCUGGACGCGGGCCCUGCGGCCCCGCCGGCUCGUGGCUUCUCGCGCUUUCCCGGUGCGCUCUACUCCGGGGCCGGGGGCCUGGAGCGCUUUUCGGGCGGGGGCCGUUCGCUCAUCAAGAAGCGCUUGUACGUCGGGGAGCCUCCCCGCAACCCCGGGCUGCCCCGUGGCGCCCCCGGCCGCAGCCUGAGCACUCCCAACUGCUUCGGACCGGCGCCCGGAGGCCCGGAGAUGCGGCGCGUCAACUCCGCGGGCCGCGCGCCCCCCGGCGGCUUGCACGGGCGCAGGCUGUCCCAGGAGGGCGCUGCCCGGGGCGCCGCGGAGGCCAAGUACAAAGCGCCGGGUGGCGGAGGCAGCGGAGGCGCAGACUACAGCUUCGUCCCUGCUACCGGCAGAUCUCACAACACCUCCCAUUAUGGAAGCCCCAUCAAUACAUUCACCGUGAGGCCUGGAACCCGUCAUCCCAUCUCCUAUGCCUACUCAGGAGCUCACCGCAAAGCCACAUCCUGAGCCCGGAAUUCUUUCAGCUCUACUCCAAGGGGUUGGAUCUGCGCACUUGUUUCUGUGGCGGGUGGGAGGGUUGCAGCAGGUAUUAGCCUGACUCAGACAUGGACGAGUCUGGCUCCCUGAGGACCCUCGAACAAAUGAGCGAGAAGCAGUGGCCUAAGGAAGACUGAGUGGGCUUCUGUUUUCCCAGAGCACCAGAGCUGCUAUGAACUGUAUGCAGAUGGGGGGGGGGGGGGGGCAAAGGGAGAAGAGAGGAGAACGUUCAGGGCCUGAGCGCUGAGUUUCCGUUAUCUGGUACUAUCUACUUGUAGCAAGAUUUAUUUAAAGCAGUUUUACAAGCAUGGCCUAUGAAACAGGUUCUAGAAGCAAAGGAUGGGUGCUUACUCAUGGGAUGCCUCACAAAGGGCUGAGGACCAUCCCUGUUGGGGUGGGUGCAGGUCACUAUAGGUAGAUCUCUUUAGCCUCCACCUGUUGCCACCAAGAGGCCAUACCUGGGGUUCCUAGCUGCACGGAGGCAGACCAAUACUAUGCAGGCACAACAUAUGGAGAAGGUGAUGGAAUAGAAGCCUUUUGCAUUGACCAAGGCCACAGACAGGUUAAUUUCUCCUUGACCCUGGCCCUUAGAUACAGGGAGACCCACAGAGAAAAGACUCGGCAGUUGACAGGAUCACGUCUUGAUUUUUUUAAAUUCAGACUCAUGCAUCCCUGAUUUGGGGGAGCAUGCCCAAGGAGCCAAAAGAUCCAGGAUUCAACACCAGAGGUCCUACAUGGCCUGGUUUCAUAUGGGAUUCGGAGGGGGCAUUAGUUCUAACCCCAAUACGUCACCAAUAUCAUUGAUGCCUUAAAAUGUGUAGUGAAGACUCUGGAAGGCCUUGGAGAGUAGAAACUCAAGAGAAGUUUAUUGUUGAUGGGGAAAUAGGUUUCAAAACAUUAAGAGUGGUAAGACUGGGCCAGUCCAGAGCAGGUGAAACUACAAUAGGGUAAGAAUUGGUCCUUUGCCUGGGCAGUCCAGGUUUAUGCCUGUUUCCAUGAAUUAGGCCCCUUGUAUUUUUUAAAAAAUUCCUAUCUUCAGGUCAAGUUCAGCUGAAUACCUGGGACCAGGCCAAGGCUGCCUUUCUAAGUAAGAAGGAGGGCAGGGGAGUGACUCACCUCAUAUGAGCAGGCCAGUAGGGGGCCGCCAGAAAGCAGCUCCCUUUGGGAGUUGACUCUUUUGAUCUAUGGUUACUAGCUGAGGUACUGGGUUGCAGCAACAGCAGUCAGUCACUUCAAGGAAAGAAAGUGCAAGGAAGGUGGGCACCCAGGUGACUAAGGCCAGCCACUCUAAGUUCUGGCUACCUGUGUUCAGGCAACAAAUCCCAUCCCAAUACCAGCACUGGCUCUAUAAAUAUGUAUGUAUUUCCUCUACACAAUGUUUUAUAAAAGAGCUCAUUCACUAAUUUAUCUGCUACAUUAAGGCUUGAGGAGUAGGGUGUGGACUCCCAGCUGUAGACUGCUCUGGGGUGGGUGGAGACGGGCUUGGUCUUAGUUGGCUUGGGAAAUAAACAGGCCAGUUUGGAUUGGCCUCCAGCUCUGUG